CUUUGCCAAAGAAAGGAAACAUAUGAGCUCAACUGCUGUAUUUGCCUUUCAUAUAAAUAUCUGAGAGAUAUUCUGGUGUUACGUAAAGAUUCGUGUUGCGAUUCAGUCAGGCAUUUGCCAGCGACACCCUCAUGGUCUUUGAAUGACGUGCUUUUCCAGUGCGUGCCAUGUUACAUGCAGACAAACGUGUGAUUCAGGUUAUCAACAGUCAGCUUCAAAUACAGCUAAGAAGACAGGACUGAUCAUUCUAAUGCUUUAAAUAAUGUAUGGCACGCUGUUAUCUGCACAAUAAAGAAUAACUUAAGUUUCCAUUAGUAAGUUUCUUUUUAAGUGGCGGAAGUUUACAAAUGAAAUUAUAAAUAAUUUUAUAAAGACUAAUUAAUGAAUGGAGACAUGACUUCAGAUCAGCAGUUGCUGACAGCUGAAAGGCAGCUGUGUCCAUAUUGUGGCAGGCUGUUCAAAAGGCUGAAAACUCACCUCCCUCACUGCAAAUUGGCUCCCAUCGCCAAGGAGCUGGACAGCUGCCAAACCUCAGCUUCAUCUCACAGUGGUGUUCUUCCCAAAUGCACUUCUUCCAUGGGGCAGACUGUGACGACCGCACCAGAGAGGCCCCCUGACUCAAAUCUGCUCAAAAACACUGGUCUCUCCCCGAAAGUCUCCCCAAAGAAGUCCAGGAAAUCCAGCGUGUCUAAUGGCGGUCCGAGGGUGAAGCUUGGAAAGGGGGGAAUAGAAGCAGUCAGUCCUGCCCAGAGAAAUCUGCCUGGUGACAACAGAAAUCUGCUUCGGUCCGCACACAGGGGCAAUGAAGCAUCGGGGGAAGCCGCCAGUGACCCAAGGGGCAGGCAAACGAAAGUCAAGCUGAAAGAGAAAGAUAUGAAGAACAAGGCGAAACAGACUGUGGCUCAAGAGUCCCCACCGAGUUCAUCAAGGCAGAGUGUUGUGGAAGCAGAAAGGAAAUCCGGAGCCUCACAGACAGAGCCCCCUGCUCGAACCCCUGCCAGCAGCAUUUUAGGCUCUGAAGGCCCAAGUGGGUCACUCUUCUGUGUGGGCGGUGAUGCUGAAGACACCAGAGGGGCCUUCAAGGUCAAACCUGCUGUCCUUGGACUUAAACCUCUGGAUUCUUCAGCCUUGGCUACAGAGACUGUCCUUCUGCAUAAGUUAAGACCUCUGUCUGCUGUUGAUAAUACGUGUAAGGUCCCUACGCCCAUGGUCUCCUCGCUCCCAGCGUGCACACACACCUCGCCUCUGAACCCCUCCAAAGCUCCAGCAGGCCCCCAUCCAGCAGGCCCCCAUCCCGCAGGCCCCCGUCCCGCAGGCCUGGAGUGGAUGCCCGAGCUGGCUCUGGCCUACCGCGGUAUAAGCUUCUCCAUGCUUCCCCGACGGCCCUGCCGCACUGAGCAUGUGCAGAAACAUUCGCCUCAGAUUCAGCCAAUAGCGGCAGAGAUUCAAGGGUGUCUGGCAGAGCGAGCCUUUGUGGAUGUGCGGCUUGCCGAACUGCCUUCGUGGCUGAUGUCACGACCUCUGCCGAGCCCCAGGGCUGGUGUGGCUUCUCUGCAGAGAGGUUGGAGGUGGUAUUACAGCCGGUACAUCGACGUCCGAAGGGGCGGGGUUGGUGGGGUGGCCAUGCUGCUGACUACCUACUGUGUCCUGAGCUACCUGUGGAGUUACCCCCGCCUCAAGGAGGAACGUUGGAGAAAAUAUCACUGAAGCACCAGGAAGUGGUUGACUUCUGACCUCUGACCCAAGAAGUGGCUGACCUCUGACCCAGGAUACAGUCACUUAGAACAGGGAUCUCAGCUUCUGUUACUGCCAUGUCUGCUGGUUUUCAUUCUUAUUCGACUAUCCUAACUGGUCCAGUUAUUAGCCAGUGCUGUCUACUGUCUGUGUAAGUCUCCCUCAUAUUCACUCAGAAGAAAGUACAGUCAGACAUAUGUUAUCAGUCUGGACUAUAGAUUUUAGUAUUUAGAUAGACAGAUUGAAACAAUUACAGACUUUUUAUAAAUCCUUUCUCAGUCUGCAUUUGAGACCAUGGCUGACAAACUUUGGUUUGCUUUAUGAAGCGCGGAGACACUUUCUUUUCCACUGCUGGCCAAAGUGUCUUCUGCUCAUUGAUUUUCGUGCACCGCUACGUGCAAAACUAUUGAUAUUGUGAAUUGUACUGAAAAUGUUUAGCAGCAGAGAAUCCCUCAUAGUGCCUCUUUAACUACCUCAGAAAGAAAAGGACGACUGUGAACCAAUGAAACAACGUGGCCAGUGAUGAAGUGCCUUGUGCCCAAUAUGAUGGUAUAUGCUUCUAUGAAAACAUUUUACUUUACCUGUUUGUGAGGAAGGAUUUAAAUGAAUUGGUCAUGUGACCAGACCCAGUAUGACAGCAUCAGUCAGGGAAUGGGAAACCUGUAUUUACUGUUUGCUAAAUCUGAUUGGCCACUGCCAGCAAGGGUGGGGUGGUGGUGACUCACUCUGGUCUCACUUUGGUUUGAUGUGGUGUAACAAAAGGUCACCAUAGAUAUGUAGGGAGAUUGCCAUCAUGUCUGUAUUUCAUUGUUUGCUUUUCUCACCACCGUGUCUAACAGAAUCUAUGCACUAGGAAGCUUUGUAUUUCUACAUUAGUCCAGAUGUACUGAAAGUCACAGUGCCUACUUUUUAAAUUAAUUACUAUAAAUUAUUAUUGUUUAAAUUAUUAUUGUUUCUCGCAUUGGCAUAGAACACCAGGACAGAAGGCUAGUGUUUAAGUAUCCUACUUAAAAGUACAUGGUCCUUCCAAUACCAGAAUAUCAACGUUAAACUCGUCACGUUUUACCUGCAAUUUCCAGCAGGUGUCACUGCCUGACCAGUAAAGAAUUUCUUUAAGAAGAC